AUGCCGAGGCUCCCACAGCUACAGCCAAGUGCGGAGUACAGCACUUUGCGUUUGGCAAAGCUCCAACCUUCAGCCAAGUUGAAGACAUGGGACACACGCCUGUCUGGCCGAGCAGGGUCAACAGAGGGAGGCCUUCUGCCUGCGACCACCCCUAGUAGAGGCGAGAGGUCGGGCAUGGCAACCAUCUCACAGACCUCCACGGCAUACCCCUACACAAGGCGCUCGCAGAGUCAACUAGUCAGCAGGUCUCUUCGACUCGAUUCUCAAAUCUUCUCAUUGGAUCAUGAGGAGCUGUCUAGCUACUGUCUGCGUGGCCGCGAGGCGGAUACCUCCACAGGUCCAGUUCCUGCAUCUGGUGCUGCAGCGUUGAAUACCGAGGAGGAGGCAUCACCCAUGGAGACCGUCCCGCCGCACUUGCUGCAGAUCCGGGCCAUGUACUCAACCAGGCCUACAAAGACAGAGGUAGAGGGUGAAGAGUCAGUGCCACUAGGUGAAAGUGCAACCACCCCUGUGAACGACAUGGCGAUGACUGCUGCAGAGGACCUGUUGCAGGGUCAACCCGAUGAGGAGUGGGACGAGGAGGCGAUGCUGAAGCGUGAGCUGGCGAAGCUCCACACCGGGGAGGAUGUUAUCGCAUUCUUCGCCAAGAAUGGCUCGAACUCCUCGGUAAAAUUUGUGUACUGUAAACGGAAAGAGCACGUGGAUCCCACGGAGUUCAGACCUUACGACCUGGAGGUGAUCUCCGAGCUCAUGGAGGGCUCUACGGUAUCCACGGCCGCAAAGCUUGGAGAGCACUUUACCAUCUCCGCCACAGGGGUGGUCCAUGUCUGUCCCGGCCAGCAGAGUGAGCACAUGUCCUUGGGAGAUUGGAUGCACCAGUGCCUGAUGUACAACGUGUUGACCUCCAUGAAUUUCUUCAAGUACUACAUUCAUGGCAAGGUUUUUGGCCGAUGGAAGCAACACAGUCGCUUCACCACGUAUUGCCAUGCACGCAAGCUCUUGGUGAGGCGACUGUUUCUGUCGAAGCCGCUCUUUGUGAAUCCACUGGUGAAGAUCCAGUCCCUGAUGCACGAGGUUGAGUCUGUGAAGGUACUGAACAUCGGUUCCAACACGUACGACCUCGCGAACUUCGAAAAGGAGCAGGCGAUGGUUCGAUCUUCCACUGGUGCGACGGGAACUCAAAAGGAGUUGGAGGAGUUGCACAAUCAGAUCGUCGCGGCGUUGGAUAAACUCGUCACCGCCGUGAGCCAAUCCACGGAGCCUCAGAGCCAAGAGUUGCAGCCUGGGAGGCCUCGGAUGAAGUCCAUGGUGCAGGAGAAGAAAGAAGCCUCGGACAAUGCGCGGAGGCAUCGUCUUGCUGUCCAUGAUAAGAAGAUGCUGGGCGACUGCGUUCGGUUGGUGGACUACAUGUUCCAGGCCUGCUUAGCCAAGGUGGUGAUCAACGCAGCAGUGGAGUUCUUUCAGCGUGUGGACAGUUCCAGCAAGAUGUUUUCCAUCUCCGUUGCCUUUGGAGAGAAGAAUAUGGUGUUCGAUCCGUGCCUCGAAGACUUCAUUGAGAUGCUGUUCAAACUCUGGCGCGCCAGCGUGCAGGUGGUGAACGGCAUUCCCUCUUUGCUCAGCGAGGCGCAUUACGCCAAGCAUUUAACCCAUGCCGUGGCCAACUCGCAAACUGUCGAGAGCAUUCUCAACAACAACUGGCAGUUCAACCACUACACAGCAGCUGUGCGUGAGAGGAUUCAGGCAGACAUCAACACGGCACAGAAAUUCUCGGACAAACACUUCGAGAUGUUCCGUCGCAUCCAUGACUACGGCAACAAUUGGGAUGAGAAGGCCUAUGUGGCAGCUGCCAGCGCCCAGGACCUUGCUUCUGAGAUGAGCUUGAUGAGAGACUUCCAGUCCGACCUGGAUAAGUACAAGCAACACCAUCACGUUGGAAUCAUCAUGAUCAACGGCAGCAACCUGCGGGAAAGCCUCCAGCCAGUGCCCAAGGAGGGUCUGACGGCCAUGAAGCGCGGCCUGGAAGACAUCGCGCGAAAGAAGUGCGAGGUGGUGAAACGACGCUUCGAUCAGGCCAACAAGGCCUUGGAUGUUCGGCCAACGAGCCUCACAGCAUUUGCCGAUUACAUCAAGGCCUUUAAUGAGAUUAAGAACCUGGAGCCAGAGUUGGAAGAAGCACGGGAAGAGGUGGAGUCGAUGUACCAGCUUUUGCGGCAGUACAACGUGCGCGUUGGUGGCACGGAGCUGGAAAACUUGGAGUUCCUGCAAGCCAAGGGCAGCGAGUUUGCAGAGCGAAAGCUGAACGAGGCCGAUGCCUACAUCCGGGAGAAGCAGGAUGAACAGGUGGAGAAUCUGAACGCAGUCUCUCAGAUGGCUGAAGAGGACGCGAAGAAAAUUGUGGAGCAGUUGCGCUCUGGAUGCUUCGUGACGCUGGGCCACCUCCAAACGCCCGAAGUGGUCAUGGAAGAGCUUGGGGCUAUCCAGGCUUUAGUGAGCAAACUGGAAGAAAAGGCUUUGAACUACAACGAGUACCAGGUGCUUCUGUACGUUCCAGUCCCAUUCGAGUUUGCGGAGGUUGACAAGGCCAAACAGCUUUUUGCGGAGAAAUUGAAGUUGUGGACCCUGGCCAGUGACUGGAAGGACCAGUAUGACACGUGGAAGCGCGACGACAUUUGGCGGAAGGACGAACAUUCCAAGUUCAACGUGGAAGAGAUGAACAAGAAGGUCCUGGAGUUCUCCAAAACUGCAUACCAGCUGACGCGCAGUCUGGAAGGUGACAAGGUCGCUCAGGAUAUUAGGACGCAGAUUGAUGAAGUGAAGAGCAACAUGCCCUGUAUCAUGGACCUGGGCAAUCCUGCGCUGAGGGAUCGACAUCACGCAAAGAUCAAGCAGGAGAUUGAAUGGAAGCAUCCAUCGUCUCAGCAGGUGACCCUGAACUCAUUGAUGUCACACAAGGUCUUCGACAAGAAGGAAUUCAUUUCGGAGAUCAGUGGUAUCGCUAGUGGCGAGUUUGCCCUCGAACAACAGCUCCAAAAGGUAGUGGAUGCCUGGGCAGAUUUGCUCCUGCCCAUCCAGCAACAUCGCCGGGAGCAGUGGAUCCUGGGUGAUGUUAGUGACAUCAUCACCCAGCUGGAGGACACAUUUGGACUGGGAUCGGAAUAG